UUUGAUCUUACCUGUUCCUCUAUCCAGCCGCGUGCUGUCUACCCGGCUUCUGUAGUGUCGGCGCUUGGCAUGACAGCCGGGUGCCCAGUGCGCAUGGGCGAGAAGCACUUGCGCUUUGUGAUUGGUCCGGCAGCUUCUGGGAUCUGUCAUGUGUCCCGGGUACCGCCUUACCAUUCACAAAAAGCACCGCUUCUUGCGCAUGCGCACUUGGCACCCGGCUGUCAAACCCAGUGCCCACACUACAGAAGCCGGGAAGACAGCGCGCCGCUGGAUAGAGGAACAGGUAAGGUCCCGCUGCAGAGCUGA